GGCUAGCAGUUUCGUAGUCACAUGGCGCUUUGAUAAAAAGAAAUUAAAUUAUAAAUUGAUAACCGGAAAUCAAGAAAGGGAGUUCCCUGAUGUUCUGCAGUCUCUCUCUUUGAACCAGAGAUGCCAUUCGUCCGGGGACUCUCUCGAGCUUCUUCGAGGUUCCGGAGGAAGAUAUUUGGUGAUUCGUGCUCACUGUUCCUCUGUCACCGUCAUGCCACCUGCCGGGACCUCCUCCCUAGUCUCGACAGCAGCGCCUCUCACAUCGAUGAUUCAUCCCUGAAUGUAAUCCGCAGUACAGCUCUUCAGCUUCAUAGUUUUGAAUAUCCACCGGCUCAUCAUGAGUUGGGCUCCCAGGGCUGGGGCUUGCCCACCAUGUACGGUAUUAGACAUCAGAUUCAUCAUCAGAGCAGUUCCAUUGUUGAGGAACAACUCAAUCCUUCCUCACUUGUUGCUGAUGAGUUAUCAAUUGUUGCUAAUAGGUUGCGGGCAAUGGCAGUUGCUGAGAUAUGACAUGACUUUUUUCCUUUCUCUUUUCCCCGUUAAAUGAGAAGUUGAAUGCAGCUAUCUGAUAUCGGGUCGAUUUGUUAGGUUCCUGAACUUGCCUCUGCUGCUGAAUAUCUCUACAAAGUCAGUGUGGAAAGGGAAGAGAUUCCAUCCCACAUUAACCCACCUAUAAAUAGUUUUCGGUAGCUACCGUCUAAUAGACAAUGUUUGUUUGUUGUUUCCUUGUAUUUGGCCUCGACCUCAUCUGCAUCUGCUAUAGGUAUUAUGAUUGCUGUCGACUGCUUUGAACGUACCUAUACAUGAAACCGCCUCCCAAUAGUGCAGGAGACAGCGAUGCAUAGCUGAGAUCACAGAGAUGAUUCAUAUACGAGACAUGAGAUUGGUUCAUUAAAUUAUAUAAUGGGGAGCAAGGUUGUGACAUUGAUGGCAACUGCGAUAGAGCAUCUUGUUACAGGUGAAACCAUGCAGAUGACUACAUCUGCUGACCGACGGUGCAGGAUGGAGUAUCAUAUGCAAAAGACGUAUUACAAGACUGCAUCAUUGAUUGCAAACAGCUGCAAGGCUAUCUCUCUCCUCGCUGAUCAAACAGCUGAAGCUGCAAAUUUCGCCCAUGACUAUGGCAGCAAUCUAGGAUUGGCAUUUCAAUUGAUAGAUGAUGUUCUUGAUUUCACCGGUACAUCUGCUUCACUUGGGAAGGACUCUUUAUCCGACAUUCAUCACGGAAUUGUAACUGCUCCAUCACUGUUUGCCAUGGAAGAAUAUCCUGAACUGCCCCCGGUUGUCGACUGUGGCUUUGAAGAUCCUAAAAAUGUAGAUCUCGCCCUACAGUACCUUUGGAAGAGCCACGGAAUACAGAGGGUAAAGGAGCUAGCGAAAGAGCAUGCUGACCGAGCAGCUGCAUCAAUUGAUCUUCUGGUAGAGCAAUGGCAAAGUCGUGAGAGGAUCGCGGCGUGCCCUCAUAGAUCUGACACACAUCGUCAUUACAGGAACCAAGUAAUUUGAACCCGGAGCAACACUUUACCAGCCCCUUCGUGUUCUGUCAUCUUUUUUUUUUUUUUGCAAGAAUAACAUAUGUUUCAUCGAAAAGAAUAAGCAACAUUGUAAUUUAUCCUUUUUAAGUCGAUGCACCGAGUAGUUUGACAAUUUAUUCCUUGUUAUAUAGCUGGAUAGAGCAGUCCUAUAUUCAUCGAAGCAAAAGCAAUGAGAAUCCAAUGGCAGAAGCCUGACCUCAAA